AUGUCGCCUCUGUCGAGCUUAGAAGUUGCAUUUGACGAAGAGCACUCUGACGAUGAAAUUCCUGCCGACAAUUUAUCUGAUAUGGACUCCGUGGAUGAAGACGUGGUACCCCAGCAAAAACUUGAGAUAGACAACAAGGUUGCGCUUGAACGGAUACGUGAUACGAUAAAGCUGGACUCUUCACUACCUUGGACGGAAACGCUAACUGUGUCAUAUCCGCAAAGUAUUGACAUGGAUGUCAAUGACGACCUGAACCGCGAGCUUGCGUUUUACAAGCAGGCUAUGCAUGCAGCCAAUACUGCGCGCUCACUCGCUGCGAAGCACAAACUCCCCUUCACGCGUCCUGCAGACUACUUCGCAGAAAUGGUCAAGUCCGAUGCGCACAUGGAACGUAUUCGUCAGCGUCUUCUUGACGAAAGUGCUUCAAUCAAGUUCAGCGAGGACAAGCGGAAGGAGCGGGAAGGCAAGAAGUUUGGUAAGCAGGUGCAAUUGGAGAAGCUCCGGGAGAGGGAGAUGAGCAAGAAGGAGAUGGAACAACGGCUGAAGGGUUUGAAGCGGAAACGGAAAGACGUUCUGGACAACCCGCAAGGCGACGACUUCGACGUCGCAGUGGAAGAUGCGAUAUCAGACCAUCCCUCGAAACGUCCCAAAGGCCCAGGCCCUGGAGGGAACAAGAAACUACCGCGUCAAGCACGAGACAAAAAGUUUGGGUUUGGCGGACCACAAAGGAGAUCAAAGCAGAAUACGAAGGCCUCGACGGACAACUUCGAUGCCCGGGCGGGCAAGGGUGUGCGAAGUGGGAAGGGAGGCAUGAAGGGUGGUUCAAAACGACCAGGGAAAAGCAAACGAAUGAAUGCGAGAAGCCGGAAUUGA